UCUUUAAUCAAGCAAGGUCAACAGAAUCUUAAAACAAGAGAAGAGAGACUCCGUGAACGCGGAGACCUUUUAAUUAGAGAGGGGAUCUUUCCGAAUUAUCAGUGCGACUGGGUCAAAUACAUAAGUGGGUUCUAAUCAAUUAAAGUAAACCAAAUCAAAACAAACAACCAAAACCUUAUCCUCCGAUCUCUCCUCGGUGAAGCCGCCACAACAACUCUCCAGAUUCAUCGUCGUCUCGUCUCGGUUACACAGAGGACAAGAAGAGAUAACAAAUAUGACGGUUAGUAUGAAACAGAUGUCGUUGAUCGUCUCUGCCUUUGGCGUUGUCUCGUUUGUUUUGGGAGUCAUCGCUGAGAACAAGAAGCCUGCGUCUGGGACUCCAAUAAGUGGAAAGGGAGUAGUUAUCUGCAAAUAUCCAUCUGAUCCGACUGUUGCUUUGGGAUACCUCUCUGCUGCCUUUCUCCUUGCCUGCACUGUAGCAGGUUACAAAUCCUUGUUCAUCUCUUACAAGGGCAAGUCUGUUCCUAACUCUGCCUUGUUCAAAAGCACCAGCUUCUCUGUGUUCUUCAACAUUGCCUUGAUAACAUCUGGACUGGCCUUGUCUCUGCUGCUCUGGCCAACCAUUACAGAGCAUCUUCACUUGACCCGUAAUGUUCACCGGAACUUAGAGACCAGCUGCCCCACUGCCAAGACCGGUCUGCUUGGUGGAGGUGCCUUUGUGUCAUUGGAUUCGUGCCUUUUCUGGCUGGUUGCUCUGAUGCUUGCUGACAACGCCCGUGAAGACCAUUUUGAUGAAGUUGAAAACAACAACGUCGAUGGAAACUCCUCCUCCAGGGAUGUGAAUCUGAAGAUUGAUGCUUGAGAGAAUGGUAUUGGCAUUGGGUAUAAGAAGGGGUUAUAAUUUGUUUUUCUACUUGUUUUCUUAGGGAAUGAUCAUUUCUUUCUUCUGGUUUCUUACGCAUUCUUCCUUUUUCUAAUGAUUUGCUGAAACGUUAUGAAUUCCAUCCGAGCACCUCGAUGCUUUGUGAUUCUUAAGUUGUAUAUAUUUACUCAGAUUAAAUCAUCAUUUUCGUUAUAACUAUUGACUGUUGCUCUGA